AUGAAGCUCACGACGUGCCACCUGCUCCUCGCCGGCCUGGCCGCCGCGCUGCCGCACAGGGACAGCCCGCAGCAGCGGUUCCUCAACGGCCUCGCGCUGCCCGACAAGUAUGCCCGCCGCGCCCACCACCGGCCCUACACGCCGGGCCACCGCGACAAGCUCGAUCGCUACGUCGACCCGGAGCAGGACGACCUCGACCCGUUGCCCUGGCGCAACGGCGACGGCGCCAGCGUCCUCGGCCCCGUCAACCGCGACCGCGCCCGCCAGAGCCCGGACCUGGUCCGCCCGCCCAGCACCGACCACGGCAACGUCGCCAACAUGCGCUGGAGCUUUACCGACUCGCACACGCGCAUUGAGGAGGGCGGAUGGACGCGACAGACAACGGUCCGCGAGCUUCCCGCCAGCGUUGAGCUCGCCGGCGUCAACAUGAGACUCGACUCGGGCGUCAUCCGCGAGCUGCACUGGCACAAGGAGGCCGAAUGGGCCUUUGUGCUCCAGGGCAGCGUUCGCGUCACGGCGCUCGACUACGAAGGCGGCAACUUCAUCGACGACCUCAACCAGGGCGACCUCUGGUACUUUCCCAGCGGCGUCCCGCACUCGCUGCAGGGCCUGGGCGAGAACGGCACCGAGUUUCUGCUCAUUUUCGACGACGGCGGCUUCUCUGAAGAGUCUACCUUUAUCCUGACUGAUUGGUUGGCACACACGCCCAAGAGCGUCAUUGCCGAAAACUUCCACCUCGCGCCCGAAGUCUUUGACCACCUGCCCAAGAGCGAAAAGUACAUCUUCCAGGGCUCGCAGCCGGGGGCCAUUGACGAGGAGCGGCCGCGCGGGCGGCACGUCAAGCGGUCCGAGUACCAGUUCACGCACAAGAUGCUCGCGCAGACGCCCAAGACGACGUCGGGCGGGCAGGUGCGCGUGACGGACAGCACCAACUUUCCCAUCUCCAAGACGGUGGCGGCGGCGCACGCCGUCAUCGAGCCGGGCGCGCUGCGCGAGAUGCACUGGCACCCCGUCGCCGACGAGUGGUCGUACUUUAUCCGCGGCAAGGCGCGCGUCACCGUCUUCGCCGCCGAGGGCAACGCCCGCACCUUCAACUACGUCGCCGGCGACGUCGGCAUCGUGCCCAAGAACAUGGGCCACUUUGUCGAGAACAUUGGCGACGAGCCGCUCGAGAUGCUCGAAAUCUUCCGCGCCGACCGCUUCCGCGACUUUUCCCUCUUUCAGUGGAUGGGCGAGACGCCCCAGCGCAUGGUCCUCGAUCACCUCUUUGCCGACGACAAGGAGGGCGGCGCCAAGUUCUGGGAUGCCGUCCGCAAUCCUAGCAAGGACGAGAUUACCGAUCCGGAAAAGGACCUGUCGCACGGGGGGGAGGAGAGCGAGGAGCUGUAA